CAGUGAGACUUUUUUCAUCCCCACAGAUGUUUCAGUAUGAUCAGCGAGGAGUGCUGCAACUUUCCUGAGGAGGAUUUACUUUUACACCGGGCUGUACGGGCGUAAAUGUUUACGCGCGGAGUGUAAACCGAGGGGAUAACAGUCUACAAAUUGAAGGGAUUUGACUCUUUUAAAGGAAGAAGAAGAAAAAGAAAGAGAAGAAAAUGCCUGUAGCUAUUCUCAUGCCUUUCACGGCAACCCCGAGUAGGAAGUCCGUUAGCGCGACCUCGUUCCGGCUAACGGAGAAAUUCAUUCUGCUCUUAGUUUUCAGCGCCUUCAUCACCUUCUGCUUCGGAGCUAUCUUCUUCCUGCCGGAUUCCUCCAAGCUGUUUUUUUUCCGCUCCGACCCGGCGGUGGAGGGCGACACCCGGACAGGUACGGACGGAGACUCCGGCGGCACGGCGGGCAAGGACGAGAAAAUCUUGGCCAAGAUUCGGAGAGACCACGAACAGGCGCUGCUCGAAGCCAAGGACACGCUGCAGAAGCGGCCGGACGAAAUCAAGCAGGACAUCCGAAGUGAAAAGGACCAAGUUGCGAAGAACCGAGGAGGCGAGAAUGACGACGGCUCUCUGCCAGUUCUCGAGUACGCGCGACCACCUGGGGCAACGGGGCGCGAGCCCUCCGACCCGGAAACGAGGGAGAAACGAGCAAAAAUUAAAGAGAUGAUGCAGUUUGCUUGGGAUAAUUACAAGCGCUUUGCCUGGGGCUCCAACGAGCUGCGGCCCGUCUCCAAGCAAGGGCACUCCAGUAAUCUGUUCGGAAGUCUGAAGGGCGCGACCAUCGUGGAUGCUCUGGACACGCUCUACAUCAUGGAGAUGUAUGACGAGUUCGAAGCCGCCACCGAGUGGGUGGAGAAAAAUCUCGACUUUAACAUGAACGCGGAAAUCUCCAUCUUUGAAGUGAACAUCCGCUUCGUCGGAGGACUUCUCUCCGCCUAUUAUCUCUCCGGAAAAGAGGUGUUCAGGAAGAAAGCCGUCGAGCUGGGAGAGAAAUUACUGCCUGCAUUCAAAACACCCACAGGCAUCCCUUGGGCUCUCCUCAACCUAAAAAGUGGAAUAGGCAGGAACUGGCCGUGGGCGUCAGGAGGCAGCAGCAUAUUAGCCGAGUACGGCACGCUGCAUUUGGAGUUCGUCCAUCUGAGCAAGCUGUCUGGGAAACCUGUGUUUGCAGAGAAGGUCAUGAACAUCCGGAAGGUUCUGAAUCGUCUGGACAAGCCACAAGGACUUUACCCCAAUUACCUCAACCCCAACAGUGGACAGUGGGGACAACAUCACGUGUCUGUGGGCGGCCUGGGUGAUAGUUUCUACGAGUACCUGAUCAAAGCCUGGAUCAUGUCUGACAAGCAAGACGAAGAAGCCAGGAAGCUCUACUACGACGCCCUGAAGGCCAUCGAGACGGGUUUGAUCCGGAAGUCGAGUAGCGGUCUCACCUACAUCGCAGAAUGGAAAGGAGGUCUCCUCGAGCAUAAGAUGGGUCACCUGACCUGCUUUGCUGGGGGGAUGAUCGCUCUCGGGGCUGACGGAGCUCCUGAGGACCAGACGGGUCACCAGAUGGAGCUGGCAGCCGAGAUCGCACGCACGUGCCACGAGUCGUACGCCAGAACCAACCUUAAGCUGGGGCCCGAGGCGUUCAGGUUUGACGGCGGCGUGGAAGCCAUCGCCACACGACAGAACGAGAAAUACUUCAUCCUGAGGCCAGAAGUCAUCGAAACCUACAUGUACAUGUGGAGGUUCACUCACGACCCCAAAUACAGGCAGUGGGGCUGGGAGGCCGUCAAGGCUCUGGAGGAGCACUGUAAGGUAGAGGGAGGCUACAGCGGCGUGAGGGACGUCUACAGCAACACUCCCAACUACGAUGACGUCCAGCAGAGCUUCUUCCUGGCUGAGACGCUAAAGUAUCUGUACCUGCUGUUCUCUGAUGACGACCACCUGCCGUUUGAGCACUGGGUCUUUAACACCGAGGCUCACCCGCUGCCCGUCAUAAAGCGAGAGAGAGACAGCUCAGACAGGAACGACCAGCUGUAAGAGCUGGUUUCCCCACAAAGCCCCCGCAGGGACGCCUCCAGCUGUGAGAAGUGCUCUCGCACCAAUCUCCGGCAAAGUGGGCAGUGCGGUUGACCUUUGACCUCGCCAACCCCUCUCCACCCAAACAUGCCCUGCAGGGCUUCCUGGGGUUGAACAUCAUCUCCACUAUCGUUUAGAGAUAGCAGUGUGCAUGCUGCCCUUCUCCUGAUCCCCUUCCGCGCCCUUCUCACCCCUAACGUUGAUUCGGUCCUCUUUCUGAGCCUCGGAGGUCUGAACGAGCUUCUCUCCUCCGUGAGGAGACCAGACCAUCUCUACUCGAAUGUUUAACAUGUUUCAUCCUCACACACAUCAUGCAAAAAAAAAAAAAAAAACAAACAAAAAAACCAAGCCAUACUUCAGACCACAGCUGUCAUGCUGCGGGAGUUUGUUUGAUUCUGAUUCGUUGAUAUGAUUUCUAGUAAGGGUGUGGGGUGUUUGUUUGUUUGUUUGUUUGUUUGUUUAUUUCUGUCAAUCACAAUUGCAGGGUAGUGACAUGGAGUUAACUAGUGCCUUUUUAGCUUAAUGACCAACUGUUCUGCUAUUAUAAGUGAUUCCAUGACAGUUGAACUGAUGAAGCUUUAGUUCGGGAAGAGUACGGGGUUUUUGUUUGUUUGUUUGUUUGUUUGUUUGUUUGUUUGUUUCGUUUGCCCCCCCCCCCCCCCCCCCCCCCGCCUCUCGGUUGUCUGUCCUCAGAAUUCCAGGACAACAUAAGAGAUACCCGGAAGACAUUCCCAGCCUGAAUAGAUAACUCGCUAGACUCGACAUGAUCGGUGUGUUGGGGGCAAAUCUCAGAACCGCAUCCUGUUUGAUUCCAUUUCCGCAUACGUCAGUGCUUCCUUUUUUUAAUCCUUCCUCUGGUCGCAUUCGGUUUCAAUAACGAAGCACGGACGUUUCCUGUUUACUCGAUCGGGCGUGGCUGAACUAUGUAACGGACAUGUACAAAUAGGAUAGUUUGGGUUAAUUUAUGACUUAAGAAGUGUUUUAGCCUUGUAGGUGCACGGAUGAAGGAGCUGUCCUCGCCGAUGGCGGCAACGACGACGACGACCGGAGAAAUCGUCGUCCGGCGCUAACGGGCACACGACGACAGCAUCAAUCAAAAAGCCUGAAUUUAUUAUGUCUGAAUGUACCACCAAAUGUGAAGUGAACAUUGUUUUUGCCUAUCUUGUGUUGUUAUUUCUUGCUUUCUUUUAUCGCGAAAGCACAAAAAUUGUGGAAAACCUGCUGGGCCGGAGGACAGAAAGCACACGUGAGGAAUUAGCGUACACGAAUACACACACAAGGGUAGAUUACACUGGAUAAAACACAUCUCCACACACACACACACACACACACACACAGUGACAUUAAUACUGGGAAUUGCAAAACUCGUAGCAAGCAGUUUGUGUGUUUGUGCUUCUCGACAUCACCUCGGAAUUGUUGGAAAAAUGUACACAACCUCCGUGUCUGCGUCAUCUGGGUGUGAGGUGACCGUACGCAAUGUUCCCCCUCGCUAAAAUAGAAUCAUCUAUGGUAUGUUUGCUGCUUUAGUUUUGCCCUGGAGCUACACGGCUAGUGGAGCUGCUAAUUAAAGACAAUCUGUCUCACCCAAAAUCAUUAUCAAAAAUAUUUACCCAGAAUGUCUUUCUCCUUACAUCAACGACGCACAUAAUCCGUUUAUAUGGAGCGUCCAUCAUACAAGUCUCUGUGCAAGACUGAAACUUCCUAUUGAAACUAUUACAACUAGUGUAUUAAUAUAAACCUGACCGGUCGAACUACACUUUCUUACUUUUUAGAAGAUUAAUCGAUACGUUCUGACCAAUCAGAAUUGAGAAUUCGACAGCACUGUGGUAUUUUUAACAAGCAGUUUUGUGAAUAAGUUCAAAGUGGAGCUGUGUUGUCGUCCGUAUCAUUUCCAGCUCUCGGGGUUAAAAUUCUUAGUAGGCGGGGCCAAGGCAGGGUUCAGGGUGGAGUUUAAAGGCACUACUGAAAAAGUUUGCAAAUUAAUUUUUUUGUUGUUGUUGUUGUUGUUUUUAAAGUAGAUAUGGUGUUCCCUGUUGGGGGAAAAAAAAAAAAAACUAUAGAAACCCUCAUAGAAGUUGUAAUGGUUUUAAUGGGAACUGUAAUGGCCUUUGUGGGUCUCUACUGGUUUUGUUUUUUUUUUUUGUUUUUUUUUUUUGCCUUUUAUUGAUGGUGUGUUAUGUUUAGUGGAUACCAUUAAGGACUUUUAAUGGUAAUGGCUCUAAUGGUUUGUAAUGGAAACCAUUAGAAAUUCUGUGAUGAUUUCUAUUGGGUUUUGGGUUUUUUUUUUCCAGCAGGGUUGUCAGAGUAAUAUAAGCACAAGAACCCAAGUUAUGAAAUCUUGUGACAUUCCCUUAUUUUUAUUUUUAACACCAAUGCAUCCGUGCUAAUCCGGAUCACAUUCCAUGUUUUCCAUGACCUGGAACAAUAUCAAGAAAAUAAAAUAAAAUAAAAAAAGAAGAGAGAAAUCAGGAAACAGUCUAGCUUUGAGUUUUUCCACACCCUGCUAAAGGGUGGAACGAUACCAAAGUGCAUUAAGGGACGGGAAAAAAAAGGUGCUUCUGAUUUUCCAAGAUGGCCGCCCUAAUUACGAUACAGUGCUCAGCUCCACUGUGAAGAUUUCUUCGUGUAUGUAAUCGACAGUAAGUCACACUGUGUCCUAAACCCCUGCAUUAAGCACCGAACGUAGUCUGAAUCACAAUCGUUUUACACAAAAGAUGUUUAGGUGAGUCUGACUUUCAUUGCUUGCUAGCUACAUUAGCGUUACAGCUCCAGAACAAAACUAUAAGAAGCUAACUUUGGACACCACACAAGUCUUGACUGGUUAAUUGUGUAGAAAAUUGAUUAUAUUUAUAUUUUCUUUCCGAAAAAAACAAAGAAUCACUCUGACUCAUUAUAGAAGACAUUGUGUGUGGACACCGUUUCUACCAUUAUCCUCACAUCACGAUCGAACCCUUAACCUCGUUUUAAUUAGCACUUCGGUAUCGAGAUGAACCUUGUUCGUCUCGGAAAAGAGGAGGUUAAUGGUGUAAGAAAGAUCAACGGCAUGCCUUGUCAUUUCAUGUCAUGUAAGAGAUCCAAAGAGGGACGGACUCGGGUCUGUAACACUAUGACCAAAGGGAUAUGCGAUCACCUGCUACCGUGAAUACAGCUCCAAAUGGCUGGCUUAUUAGCUUGCAGAAACGAGCAACGAUAAAACCCCUCCAUCUUUUCCAUCUCAGUCAAAGGCAAGCCCUCGUUCCACACCGCGAGACUCUUAGACACUUUCCCGUAUUGUUCUUUUGAACAUUUGAGGCCAUUAUAGCGGAUAUUUUUGAACACCAUUCCCAUCAAGAUAGACAUUUCUUUUAAACAACAGUCACAUAUUAGUGUUUAUUUUUUUCCCAAACAUAAUGAUUAUAACAUAAUUAAUUGUUAAUAUAUUGUAUUUGUAUGUAAAUAAUAAAUGCAAAUAAUUAAAUGUAAAUGUUAAACAUAUAAGUAAGAUUUGA